CUCACAGGAUUAUCAAAAGGAAUGGAUCCAAUCUUGUACAGUGCUGCGAUGAGAGGCAAUAUCGGAGAUUCCAAUUUUCUACUUGCUGAUCAUCUGAAAAGGGAUGAAGAAAACGGCUACCAAGUCACUCCGAAGGGCAACACGGUCCUUCAUGUCGCAGCCCUCUAUGGCCACUCCGAUUUCGCGAGAGAAGUCCUAAAGAUUACUCCGGCAUUAUUAUGCUGUCAAAACAAGAAAAAUGAAACCGCUCUUCACAUAGCAGCUAAUGAAGGGCACACUGAAGUAGUACGUGUGCUACUUGCAUGUACAAGAGAUCAUAAUACUAAGGAGAAACUCACGAGGAUGACAGAUGCUAGUAGAGAUACAGCGCUGCACAAGGCCGUGCGGAGCCAACAUCUAGAUGUGGUUAAGCUCUUGGUGGAAGAAGAUUCUGAAUUCGAAUAUCCACCUAACCAUGCACAGGAGACGCCACUGUAUCUGGCGGCUGAAUCUGGUUUUCAUGAUGCUUUGAUUAAUAUCUUGGAAUCCUGCAAGAAACCAACUUAUGCUGCAGGUCCAUCUAAUAGAACGCCGCUCCAUGCAGCAGUAAUUCAGGAACAUAAAGAUUGCAUUAGAUCACUAUGGCGAUGGAAUAAGCCUUUAUGCGACGAACCGGACUUAUGGGGUUGGAAUUCACUGCACUAUGCUGUCAAAUUAGGACUGAUAGACGUAGUUUCUUAUAUGCUGGGGUGGAAAAAAUCCUUAGUGUACCUUCCGGCAGGCAUUGAAAAUGACUGGACGACAGCAAUUCACAUUGCAGCAAGUGAAGGUGACGUAAACAUGAUAAAGAAGCUAUUAAAUCACUGCCCUGAUUGUCGAGAUUUGCUUAACAGCAAUAGUCAAAAUGCUCUUCAUGUUGCCGUAUUGAACAAUCAAGAUGAGGUAGUCCGCUCCUUAUUAGACUCUGAUAAGUGCGACAGCCUUGUUGAUGAGCCAGAUAGCGACGGCAACACUCCUCUCCAUUUGCUUGCUGCCUCUGGUAACCAUGUGCGUGAAUUAAUAAACCAUCCUAGAGCAAAGAAGAUGUCAUUUAACAAACAAAACCAGACUCCACUUGAUAUAGCAUUGUUAUGUGCAGCGACAACAAAGAAGGAGAAAUUGAUGGAGGAUUUGUGUAGCAUUGGCCGAUUUGGAAAACGUGACUUUGAGGUAAAGCGGAAGUACGAGUACAUGCCCAAUCCAAAUGAUGAAACGGGAACAGGAGGCAAGUUGCAACAGAGGGAAGAGGAUCACGAUAACGCUAAUAAGGCAGAGCAAAUAGUAGUCGAAAGUAUUAUGAAGUCGGCUCAAAUGCAUAUUGUCGUCGCCACUUUGAUAAUGACGAUCACUUUUGCCGCUGGUAUCACAUUGCCAGGAGGCUUUGAGAGCGACCCAGAUAGCCCUAAUAAAGGGAUGGCGAUUCUAAUAAGGAAAAUAUCAUUUCGUGCAUUUGUUGUUUCCGAUGCCAUUGCCUUCACAUGCUCAGCUGUUCCCAUAUUCAUCUACUUCCUCAUGGCACUCAUCGCAGAUACAAGUCCUCUAAUAUUAAAAAUUUUACAGAAGGUUUAUGAUCUCGCAAGUAAAUGUCUGUCCUUGUCAAUGUUAGCAGUCGUAAUUGCAUUCGCAACGGGUAUGUUUGCUACUUUAUCACAUUCACUUGGUCUUGCCGUUACUGUCUGUUCCAUAGGCAGCCUCUCUAUUUUAUUGUAUUUCUUGGUUGUUAUUUAUAUGGGAAGCAUUGUAAUCAGAGACAUCAUUGCUAGCUACAUCUUGUAUCUUAGAUCCUAAAGUGUGAAUUGGGAAAGUAGCUUAGUGAUUAGGUGGCACAGCUUAGGCCAUGUGUCUGUGUGACAGCCAUUGGAUGAGAUGAAAUAAACGGACGAGAUGAUGCAUGACAGCUGGAUCAGGCCCAAGUGGAGAUGAGCCUAAAGAGAUUUGGAAGCUUACCAAUGGAGUUUGGUUCGCAGUAAUCUUGUAGUAGUGGAUACUAUUGUAACAAUUGUAUUGAAUUAUUAUCAAUAAAAUCUCAAUUUUGUUCGGCUAAA